AAUCUAAUAUAUUAUCACAUGCCACCGUUCUUACUUUGAAAAACAACAGUUAAAUUGUCACUUUCUGCUAUAGAUUCCAUGUUUUAAAUACCCCCCCCCCCACAAGGUUUGCACCACAGUGGUGAAGUUAAAAUUUUGAGAAUGGGGAAUUGUUCUCUCAAAGGGGUCACUGCUGAGUGUAGAAACUCCAUCAGGGUUUUAACAGAUGGUGGUGAAAUCAUUGAUGUUAAAGGCCCUAAACUUGCCCGAGAUAUUGCAAACGAUUUUCCGGGGUACGUUAUUUGUAAAAGAGAUCAAACUCAAGCUUCAAUGUUUCCAUUGAAUGAAGGUGAGUGGUUGGUUAAUGGGGGAUUUUAUUAUCUUCUUCCAUUAGACAAAGUUGGGGCACCAAAGAUGUCGAUGGCAGCAGCUGAUUUUGUUGAGAAUUUGUCGAGUGGGUCCGCUAUGGAGGUGUUGCCAUGGAAGAAGAAUGGGGUUUGGAAAGUGAAACUGGUGAUUAAUAGUAGCCAGCUGGAGGAUAUUUUGUCGGAGCAAGUUAACACUGAGGCUUUGAUUGAGAAGAUGAGAAUGGCGGCUGCUACUGCUACGCCGAAACGGAGCAAGGGUUCUAGGCUGGCUGUGGGGUGCAAGCCAGCCUAUAGCAAAGCAUCGUAAUAGCCAGGCCGGUUGACGUAGCUAAGAUUUGCCUGUACCAAAUCUGGUUUCUUCUAGAAUAUUUGUUUCCAUGCAGCUUUUUGUCUUUGUUUUUUUCAAUGUUAAAAUGCUUAGUGGCUUAAGCAUCUUGUACAUAUAAUGCAGUUAUAUAUAUACACACAUGGAUGCAUGUA